AUGAAGCCAUAUAACCAAGUGACGCCAUUUGCUUUAGGUAAACGCAAACAAAGUAAUAACUCAUCUCAGCAUGCUACAAAUCAAGAAUCGUCAAUACCCAUGGCUAAUAUGACCCAGCAAAACGCGUUCCCUCAAAUGGUAAUACCCCCACCAGAUUUCAUGCCCUUAAUACCGCCUAACUCAUCGAGUCAACUUCUUUUUGGUGGUAAUAUGGUACAACCGAAGACUUCAGGCAUUUUGACUAAACGACCCAAGAUUGGUAACGUUGAAAAAUGGAGCAUGAAAAGUAUGUCUACCACACCUGAUGACUUUCUUGAAGAGGAAAGAAGAAGAAGAAGGGCCGCAAGGUUUGGCAAUAACGAUACAAACGUUCCUAGAAAGAAAAAUACAUAUGAUACUAUUCAGGAUGAGGAAGAUUUCUCAGACUUAAACGCAAUUAGUACAAAAUCCCAUAAGUUCGAUAAGAAUAUACAUAUCGUUGGUACAUGCCAGAAUUUAGAGAAGUCGUACUUAAGGCUGACUUCGGAACCAAAUCCUGAGCUGGUCAGACCUUUGAAUAUUUUGAAGCAGGCUUUCACAUUUGUUUUGAACAGAUAUCAAAAGGAACAUUCAUACGCAUACUUCUGUGAUCAAUUUAAAUCCAUUAGACAAGAUCUUAGAGUUCAAAUGAUUGAAAAUAAUUUUACGAUAAAGGUUUAUCAGACUCAUGCAAGAGUUGCAUUAGAGAAUAAUGACCUAGGUGAAUUUAAUCAAUGUCAAUCAAGGCUUCUAUAUCUGUAUGAAACGCCAACUUUCAUUUCGAAAAAAAAAAGAAAUGCUGAAGAGUUUACUGUCUAUCUAAUUCUCUAUUAUCUCUUAACAGAUAAUGCAAAUGGUAUAACGUCAUUGAAGUUACAACUAUCGUUGAACGAAAAGACAACUUUAAAGAGUAAAAAUGUUCAAUUGGCAUUCAAUAUGGCGACGGCAAAGUUGACCGGAAACUAUCAUCAGUUCAUGAAAAUAUAUUCAACUAUAAAUGGUCCAGCCAUAAAUAUAAUCGACGCCUUCAUAGAAAAAGAAAGGCUUAAAGCACUGGAUACAAUUUGUAAAAGUUAUAUGCAACUUAAUUUGGACUUCUUAUGGAAGGAAUUACAUUUUAAAAAUCUUUUGGAAUUGAUCACCUUUCUACGUUCUAAGAACCUGUUGAAUUACAUUGUUACUAAGAAUGAAGGAAUGGAAGAUGAAUUUAAAUAUCUCGGUACAAAGGCGUGUAGGCCCAUUGUAUCUCAACUUUAUUUGAAAUCCAAAAAAGUCGAUAUUAAGGGCCAAAAAUGA